ACACAAAUCAAUGUUCAAAAUUUGGAGUAAUUGAUGCAAAGUUCUCAGUGCCAAUUAAGUUAGCGUCGAGUGUCGUUCAAUGUGGGGUUUGAAGCGCGGCCUCUCGGCGGCUGCAGCCACUGGCAGAUUUCGGCGGUUCGCCCCCAACAUAAAUGAUUUCAGCCAGAUAUGUAGUCAUGCCGGUCGGUACCGGCCCUCGCCGCCUUGGACUCACGGGGCUGCCAAGGGGCAGUGCAGGAACUACCAGGACCUGACCAAGGAUCCACCGGAGCUGGCGAAGCUGUACGAUCGAGUGUGCAGAACCGAUCGCAGGCCAGCUUUAAAGAUUAAUUUCCUCAAGAAAUGCGGUCUGGAUGGUGAGCCCAGGAACCGACGACGGAAAGGUGGCCGAAACUCAGAGUUCUCUUCGUGGUCUAAGCACUCCGAUCGCAGGGCCCCGAAGAAGGAUAAAAAUAAGAAAAGACUGACCGGAUCAGACACCAUGUCGUUUGACUCUUCGGCGGAUCACUAUUUCUCCAAUCCGGAAAAGUUCAAGCGACUUGCACGUCGAUUGAUGAAGUCGUUCGACCACAAACCGAAACUUUCCCGCUCUCCUCGGCUUGAGGGCUCGAAGUCCACAUCAGUGGAAAACUCCAAUGUGGAGCCAUAUAGCAGUCCCACGGAGAUUUCUGUGAAGACUCUGAAAGCCGUAAACCAAUGGGAAGACAAGUGGGACGAGUGGGAGCAGAUCCCGCGUCCCAGGUCCUUCAUACAUUCAUACAAAUCCAGUUUUAACACGUCAACUGCAUUCAAUUCAAGAACCGAUCUGGAGCCCCAAUUCCUCAUUCCCGUCCACAGCUAUCACUUUGAUCCCAUCGAUGUGAAGAAGCACAGAAAGAGCUUUAUGCUCUCGCACUCCCUCAACUCCAUCGACUUUGAACUGUCCUGGCCCAGGGGCUGGCCCACUCUGGAGCCAAACGCAGAAGAGUCUAAGCCGGAAAUUGUCCAGUGUCGAAGUGUGCCGAAGGCAAGGAGUCGCCGGUUGGCAAGAAAACUGCUGCGAAGAAAGUUCGCCAAGGCAGUUUCGUGCCAAACGGAGAUCCCUAUGUCGAAAUGUUUUUUUAAAUAUCACACCUAUGUGUGGCGGAUACCACAUAGAUGCCGGAAAUCCCGCAAAGGAAAACGUAAAAGGUUCAGAAAGGCGGUGGCCUGCCAAACAGAACGUCUUUGGGAGAGCUGUGAGCUGUGUAAGCCUUGUCGCGAGGACAAGGAGCCCGAGAAGCCCUACCUAGUCGAAAUGAGGAAGCGCCAGGCCCGCGAAGAGCUCCGGCAGUACUAUCUUCGGAUGAGCAAUCGCUUGCGGCCAAAGUUCUCCCCCUCUUCCAAUCCGAGUCGGGGUAAGUCGCCUGUGGCUGCUGUGAAGGACACGGAAUCGGCAGUUCCAAAGCCAGAAAAGGCAAACAAGGAGCUUAUAGGGAAGAUGCAACUGAAACUGCAUCAGUGCCUGGCGGUCCUGGCCCUUUGCGACCAUAUUGUGGGCGAGCGCUUGAGGAAGUGUAGAGCAGAGUGCCAAGCCGGAAAGUAGAUUUAGAAAUUAGGGAAUUGUCUUUACUUUUUGACUUUAAAAGUGUACUUUUUAAAAACAAACUCUUUUUAUAAAAAAUAAAAUAUUGUUUUUUAAUAAACAUAGUUGACUGUUCCACAGAGUUGAAAUGUCAAUGAG